AUGAAAAAGUAAUCUGAAGCUGAAAGAGAGCUUGAAAGACUCUAUGGUCCUUAAGAUUAUGAGAAACUGACAUCCUAUGAACGUUUAAAGCUAUCGCUAGUGCAGAACUAAUAUAAAAAAGAGACAUUGCUUUACAGGAUAUUCUUUGAUAAGAUGCACAGACCUGAAAGAUUCAAUACAAUUAUGAAUUAAAUGGAUGAAUUCAAUAAUAUCAAUGAGUUUAGAACAUUUGUUAUGCAAAAGCACCAAAGUUUCCCUUUGAAAUAUAUAUAGAAAUUCUAGGUCCUGCCUAGACUAUGGCAAAAUUCAAGCAAUAAUGAAGAUCCAAAGAGAUAAUUAAUUAAGGAAGUUUAGAGUGGGGAUGUUUUUGUUGAGAAUGUAGAAGAGGGUGAAAAGAGAGGUGGUAACAUACUAAUGGAGAAAAAGUAUAUGAAUCUCUAUAAUUCUGUAUAUAAGCUAGAGCUUUUCCUCUAUCUUCUUGUUGGAAAUUUAUUUGCCUACAUGGCCAUUGGACUCUACACUAAGACAUUUAACAGAAAUUUUAUGAUGGGCUUGCUAAUACCUGGAAUGAUGGCAAAUGCUGGAUGUAUGUACAUUAGGCUAGUAAAAUAAAAGGAAUAUGAAAUGGUAAUGGGACCUCAUUAUGCGCAAGAACUUAUGAGAUAUAGAAAAUUCUUUAUUGAUGAAGGAUAUGAUUGA